GGAGCUGCGCAGCGCCGUCAGCAGCUCAGAUCCCGGAAGUCUCUCUCGGUCCUGAACUCGCUUCUAAAAGUAGCGACGGUUCUGAGCGAGUUCCCCAGGUUCUCCAGGUUCUGUUCGCUGCUGUCGGACCGGAACCAGUCAGACCGAUCCGGUACCAGACAGACCCAUCUGGACGGAACUGCAGGGCGGCUGGAGGAGAAGCAUGGCGGGCUGAGCUACAGCCUCCUGAGGCUCCUUCCCCUGCUCCCCUCCUGGCUCCUCAGUUGGCGCCAUGGCGAUGUGGAUUCAGGCCCAGCAGCUUCAGGGCGAUGCGCUGCAUCAGAUGCAGGCGCUGUACGGUCAGCACUUCCCCAUAGAGGUGCGACACUACCUGGCCCAGUGGAUCGAGAGCCAGCCGUGGGACUCGGUGGAUCUAGAUAACACAGGAGAAGAAGCUAAAGCUAAGCGUCUGCUGGACAGCCUGGUAGCAGAGCUGCAGAGAAAAGCUCAGCUGCAGGGAGGAGAGGACGGCUUCCUCCUGAAGAUCAAACUGGGCCAUUAUGCCGACCAGUUCAAGAGCACUUAUGACCGCUGUCCGUUUGAGUUGGUGCGCUGCAUCAAACACAUCCUCCAAUCAGAGCAGAGACUGGUUCAAGAAGCAACAAAUGCCAGCUGUGGGGGCCGGGCGCAGGCCAUGGACACGCUGUCCCAGCGCCACCAGCAGAUCAACCAGGCCUUCGAAGAGCUGCGCCUGGCCACGCAGGAAACCGAGAACGAGCUCAGGAAGCUGCAGCACAGCCAGGAGUACUUCAUCAUCCAGUACCAGGAGAACCUGCGCAUCCAGGCCCAGCUGACCAGCCUGCCCUCGGUGCCACUGGCUGAGCGGAAGCAGCGGGAGGCCGCCCUGCAGAGCAAGCGGGCCACUGUGGAGGCGUGGCUCGCCCGGGAGGCCAGCACACUACAGAAGUACAGGCUGGACCUGGCAGAGCAGCACCAGAAGACUCUGGGUUUGCUGAGGAAGCAGCAGACUCUGAUCCUGGAUGAGGAGCUGAUCCAGUGGAAGCGCAGGCAGCAGCUGGCGGGGAACGGAGGUCCUCAUGAGGGGGGGCUGGACGUCCUGCAGUCAUGGUGCGAGAAGCUGGCUGACAUGAUCUGGCAGAACCGACAGCAGAUCCGGCGCUGUGAACAUCUCACCCAGCAGCUUCCUCUGCCGGGCUCCAUGGAGGACCUGCUGACCAAGCUCAACGCUGACAUCACCGACAUCAUCUCCGCCCUGGUCACCAGCACCUUCAUCAUUGAGAAGCAGCCUCCUCAGGUGUUAAAGACCCAGACUAAGUUUGCGGCGACGGUCCGUCUGCUGGUGGGUGGGAAACUCAAUGUUCACAUGAACCCCCCCCAGGUGAAGGCCGUCAUAGUCAGCGAGCUGCAGGCUAAAGCUCUCCUGAAGAACGAGAGCACGCACAGUGAAAGCAGCGGAGAUAUCCUGAACAACAAUUGCGUGAUGGAGUACCACCAGGCCACAGGGACCCUCAGUGCCAACUUCAGGAACAUGUCCCUGAAGCGAAUUAAACGUUCUGAUCGCCGCGGUGCCGAGUCCGUGACAGAGGAGAAGUUUACCAUCCUGUUCGAGUCCCAGUUCAGCAUCGGAGGAAACGAGCUGGUUUUUCACGUCAAGACGCUGUCUCUACCUGUGGUGGUGAUCGUCCACGGCAGUCAGGACAACAACGCCACAGCAACCGUCCUGUGGGACAACGCCUUUGCUGAGCCGGGAAGGGUACCAUUCCUGGUUCCUGACAAAGUUCUGUGGACCCAGCUGUGCGAGACCCUGGACAUGAAGUACAAAGCAGAGAUGCACAGUGGGCGGGGCCUGACUGAGGACAACCUGGUCUUCUUGGCCCAGAAGGCUUUUUCCAGCAGCAGCAACAACCCUGAGGAUUACCGGAACAUGACCAUUUCCUGGGCCCAGUUCAACCGGGAGAACCUACCUGGACGGAGCUUCACCUUCUGGCAGUGGUUUGAUGGCGUGGUGGAGCUGAUGAAGAAACACCUGAAGCCUCACUGGAACGAUGGGGCUAUCCUUGGCUUUGUGAACAAGCAGCAGGCGCAGGACAUGCUGCUGUCCAAACCCAACGGAACCUUCCUGCUGCGCUUCAGCGACUCGGAGAUCGGAGGCAUCACCAUAGCCUGGGUCGCUGAAAACCCCAACAAACAAGGUGAGAGGCUGGUCUGGAAUCUGCUGCCUUACACCACUAAGGACUUCUCCAUCCGUUCCCUGGCCGACCGUAUCAGUGACCUGAACCAUCUGCUGUUCCUCUACCCGGACCGGGCCAAAGACGAGGUCUUCUCCAAGUACUACACCCCCCCGCUCUCCAAACCGGUGGAUGGAUACGUGAAACCACAGAUCAAACAAGUAGUUCCAGAGUUCACCACCCCGAACCCAGAACCCUGCCCUGGAGUGGUGUUCAUGGACCAGACGGCGUCCUCCUCUGCCAGCCAUUCCAACAACUUCGGGGUUUACUCCUCCAUUGGUGACCCCAUGCUGGAUCCAGAUGGAGACUUCGACUUGGAAGACACCAUGGAUGUUGCUCGUCACGUGGAGGAGCUGCUGCGCCGGCCCAUGGCCAACCAGUGGGGCAGUCAGCAGUCCUGAACCUGAAACCUCAACCUGCUGCUCACCUUCUUCUUUUAUUUCCUUUGUCUGUUUUGUUCUUUAAAACCACUAAAAAGCAACAAUAAUCCCAACCAGCAUCUCAGCCCUCCUUCUGCUUUGGACAUUUGGAUCUGCUGUCCACAUCAGGUGGAGGGCUGAGACGGGCCUGAUUUCUCUUCCUGCACCAGCGUCUCUAGGGCUGAUAUCUAUGCUAGCUUUGUGGUUUUUCUUCUCCAACGGUGGGACAUGCAGUUAUUUUAGAAAAGUCUGGACAGAACUUUGCUGACUUGAUGGGAACAACCGGCUGCCUAGUCCUACGGUUCUCUGCCCUUCUGCCUAUCUGUACAGAAAAGUUCAAUCAUCGAUUCUAUUAGCAGGAAAAUCCAGUGGAGAUGUUUGCUGAGCGCCAAGCACUAUGAACGCCAUUAGAAACCAUCCACGAACCGGUCAGCAACCAUCCACGGACCGGUCAGAAACCAUCCACAGACCGGUCAGCAACCAUCCACGAACCGGUCA